UUCAUACAAACAACACGGAAUUCCAACUACUUUUUGAAAAAAAUUAAAGCAAUGUCUUGUACCGUCGCAAUUCCAAACUCACCGGCAUUCUCGCCGGCGACUAGGAUUCCGGUGACUAAUUCACUCUUAUGUAAAUCGGCUUCAUUUUCAUCUUCUUCACCUUCUCGGAAAUCAUCUGAAUCUCUAACUCUAACGAAAUUUCCUUCAUUUACUUUUUCUUCUUUGUCUUCGUCUUCACAAUUGAAAAUUCUUCUGAUUGAGAAAUCUUCACCGGAAACGAUUAGCCUUAACAGAAAUUCUUCUGAGUGUUCAACAUCUGCACCGAUUUCUACUUCUCCAGCGGUUUCGAAGAGGAAGAGACCUGCUAGAUUGGAUAUUCCGGUCGCUUCAACGAAUUUUGGGAAUUUUCCGGUAACUCCGACGGCAGCGGCGGAUUUUGUUGAGGUUGAAAGCGAUGAAUAUUCUGUUUGUUGUAAACGUGGAAGGAGAGGUGCAAUGGAGGAUCGUUACUCUGCGCUUGUCAAUUUACAAGGAGAUUCAAAACAGGGUAUUUUUGGUGUAUUUGAUGGGCAUGGAGGACCUAAAGCUGCUGAGUUUGCAGCAGAGCACUUGAAUAAGAACAUUAUGGAUGAAUUAGUAAGGAGGAAUGAUGAAGAAGUUGUGGAGGCGCUCAAAAAUGGUUAUUUAAAGACAGAUACCGAAUUCCUCAGUGAAGAAUUUGGGGGUGGAUCGUGCUGCGUAACAGCAUUGAUCAGAAAUGGUGAUUUAGUAGUAUCUAAUGCUGGUGAUUGUCGCGCUGUUGUUAGCAGAGGUGGGAUUGCUGAAGCACUCACCUCAGAUCACAAGCCUUCAAGAAAAGACGAGAAAGAUAGAAUUGAGACUUCGGGUGGCUAUGUAGAUUGUUCUAAUGGUGUUUGGAGGAUCCAGGGAUCUCUUGCUGUGUCGAGAGGUAUAGGAGAUCGUUAUCUUAAACAAUGGGUAAUCGCAGAACCUGAGACUACAGUCAUUGAACUUAAUCCUGAAUUGGAGUUCUUAGUCCUUGCAUCUGAUGGUUUAUGGGAUAAAGUCAGCAACCAGGAAGUAGUUGAUGCUGCUAGGCCUUUGUGUUGCACAGGCAUCAGUAAGCCACAACCAUUAUUGGCCUCUAAAAAGCUUAUCGAUCUUGCUGUUUCACGAGGUUCUGUUGAUGAUAUAUGUGUGAUGAUAAUUCAACUGCAACAAUUUUGGUGAAUGUGUAGAAACUGUUGAGUUGCUGGAUGAAUUCACUCUCAACUAACUUCCGCGGACAAUGAUGGAUUGAUAAGAUACUGGAGACCUAUGUAUAGCUGUUUUAACAUUUUACCCUGUAUAGCAAAUUGCUUCUAUGACUGAAUAGUUUACUCAUGAGAUCCAAACUAAGACGCGGGAGUCUAUAUGAAUUUCCCAGUUUUUGUAUCUGGUUAUAAAGAAAUUUUCUUGUUU